AUGUCGAUAUGUGGUUCUUCCAAUGAUGAGCAUGAUAUCAUCACUUUACACUAUACAGAGGAAGGUCUGUUAACCGUAGGUGAGAAUAGGGAAAGUCCUGCUGCUACAUUUGGAGAUGAUAUAGCAAUGAAGUGUCUUGCAACUGAAUUCCAGAGAGCGAUCUAUGUGGUAAAAAGAAAAUCUUAUUCCCUUUCUCUUGGUCUGUACUUGUUUUGUUUUGCUCUUUUUGUCUUCUGCUUGGGAGAAUGCCCUUCUGUUUGGAAAUCUUAUCUAUUCGGCCUCCUUGGAGUGUACAUUAAUAAUUCUUAA